GUCAUGCAGGAACAAAAUGCCAAUGACCAAUCCAGAGCCCUGAGAGACUCUCGGCUCUUUCUGUCCCGCCCUUCCGUAACGUGUCUUGAUCUGGUAUUCUGAAAGGCUAUCGCUCGGCGUCAGCGGUCGGUUUCCGUGGCGACAGGAAAGCGCGGGAAUUACAGAUAAAUUGAAACUGCGACUGCGCGGCUUAGCUCGCUGAAACGUUCUGGACCAAGGACAGUCCGGGGGGCCUGUUGGAUACUGGGCCCCGGGGCCCAGGAGCCCGGACACAUUGCUCUGGGUAAAGGUUGUAGAAUCCCGGGGAACGGAGAGGGGCCCAAAGGCCUUUCCGGGCGACAGGCAGGAAACAGUUCAUCAGAACAGAAAAAUGGAUUUAUCUGCAGUUCCCGUUCAAGAAGUACAAAAUGUCCUUAAUGCUAUGCAGAAAAUCUUAGAGUGCCCAAUCUGAUUUUGCAUGCUGAAACUUCUCAACCAGAAGAAAGGGCCAUCACAAUGUCCUUUGUGUAAGAAUGAUAUAACCAAAAGAAGCCUACAAGAAAGUACAAGAUUUAGUCAACUUGUUGAAGAACUAUUGAAUAUCAUUCAUGCUUUUGAGCUUGACACAGGAUUGCAGUGUAAGUGUUGCAUGGGCCCAGAAGCCAAUGCUCAAGUAGCUGUCCAUGAAAACUCAGAAAGUUUGCAUGUUUAUUUCCUGACUAGCGCAGGAGGAUCGCUUGAGGUCAGGCGACAGAGUGAACCUGAAAAUCCUACCUUGCAGGAAACCAGUCUCAGUGUCCAGCUCUCUAACCUUGGAAUUGUGAGACCUCUGAGGACAAAGCAGCAGAUAAAAUCUCAGAAUAAGUCUGUCUACAUUGAAUUGGGAUCUGAUUCUUCUGAAGAUACAGUUAAUAAGGCAAGUUAUUGCAGUGUGGGAGACGAAGAGUUGUUAAAAAUCACCCCUCAAGGAGCCAAGGCUAAAACCAGUUUGGAUUCUGCAAAAAAGGCUGCUUGUGCGUUUUCUGAGAAGGACAUAACAAGUAUUGAACAUCAUCAAGCCAGUAAUAACGAUUUGAACACCAUUAAGAAGCAUGCAACUGAGAUGCAUCCAGAAAAGUAUCAGGGUGAAGCAGCAUCUGGAUAUCAGAGUGAAACAAGCUUCUCUGAAGACUGUUCAGGACUGUCCUCUCAGAGUGAUAUUUUAACCACUCAGCAGAGGGAUACCAUGCAAGAUAACCUGAUAAAGCUCCAGCAAGAAAUGGCUGAACUGGAAGCUGUGUUAGAGCAGCACGGGAGCCAGCCUUCUAACAGCUCCCCUUCCCUCAUAGCUGACUCUUGUGCCCCUGAUGACCUGCUAAAUCUGGAACAAAACCCAUCAGAAAAAGUAUUAACUCCACAGAAAAGUAGUGAUUAUCCUGUAAGCCAAAAUCCAGAAAGCCUUUCUGCUGACAAGUUCCAAGUAUCUCCAUAUAGUUCUACCAGUAAAACUAAAGAACCAAGAGCUGAAAGGUCUUCCUCUUCUAAGUCUCAGUUGUCGGAUGAUAGGUGGUACAUGGACAGCCACUCUGGGAGUCUUCAGAACAGAAUCUGCCUGUCUCAGGAGGAGCUCGUUAAGGUUGUUGAUGUGGAGGAGCAACAACUGGAAAAGUCUGAGCCAUAUGAUUUAAUGGAGCAGUCUUCUUUGCCAAGGCAAGAUCUAGAGGGAACCCCUUGCCUGGAAUCUGGAGUCUGCCUCUUCUCUGAUGACCCUGAAUCUAAUCCUUCAGAAGACAAAGCCCCAGACUCGGCUCCUGUUUGCAGCAUGCCAGCUUCAACUUCUGCAUUGAAAUUACCCCAAUUUCAAGUUGCAGAUUCUGACAUGAGUCUAGCCGCUACUCAUAAUACUGAGACUGUGAAGGAAGAAAGUAUGAACAAGGAGAAGCCAGAAUUGACAUCGUCAACAGAAAGGGUCAACAAAAGAAUAUCCAUGGUGGUAUCAGGCUUGACCCCAAAAGAAUCUAUGCUUGUGCACAAGUUUGCCAGAAAACACCACAUCACUUUAACGAAUCUAGUUACUGAAGAGACUACUCAUGUUGUUAUGAAAACAGAUACUGAGUUUGUGUGUGAACGGACACUGAAAUAUUUUCUGGGAAUUGCAGGAGGAAAAUGGGUAGUUAGCUAUUUCUGGGUGACCCAGUCAAUUAAAGAAAAAAAGAUGCUGGAAGAGCAUGAUUUUGAAGUCAGAGGAGAUGUGGUCAACGGAAGAAACCACCAAGGUCCAAAGCGAGCAAGAGAAUCCCAGGACAGAAAGAUCUUCAGAGGCCUAGAAAUCUGUUGCUAUGGGCCCUUUACCAACAUGCCCACAGAUCAACUGGAAUGGAUGGUGCAGCUGUGUGGGGCUACUGUGGUGAAGGAGCUGUCAUCAUUCACCCUUGGCACAGAUGUUCACCCAGUUGUGGUUGUGCAGCCAGAUGCCUGGACAGAGGACAAUGGCUUUCAUGCAAUUGGGCAGAUGUGUGAAGCACCUGUCGUGACCCGAGAGUGGGUGUUAGACAGCGUAGCACUGUACCAGUGCCAGGAGCUGGACACCUACCUGAUACCUCAGAUCCCCCACAGCCACUGCUGAUUAUAGCCAGCCACAUGUAUAGGGCUAUGGGGCCCUAAGAAUGAGCUUCCAGGCCCUGGGAGCUCCUCUCACUCUUCAGUUCUUCUGUAGCCCUGGUUGCUAAAUAUUUGAUGUAUAUCAGUCUGAAAAGAACUUCUGGCUACGUGAGGGUCCCUUAAAGAUUUUUUGCUUCAUGUCUCCCUUUGAAAUCUGCCAAGAGUACAAAAUUGUACUUUUUCACCUAAGAAGAUUUUAAAACCAUUUAAACCCUACCAAUUGAGCAAGAUGCUGAUUCAUUAUUUAUCAGCCCAUUCCUCCUACCAGGGCUGUUGGCACAGAGUGGCUUGACUUCAAGAGAAUAGCUGGUUUCCCUAAGUUUGUUUCUCUAAAGCCCUAUGUUCACAAAGGCCAAGAGUCAGACCCUUCUAUGAAAGGAGAGUGCUUGGGAUCUGUUAUGUGACUUAGAAGAGUCCUUGGACAACUCUCAAAUGUUGGAGUGGAGCACUAGGGAAAAAAUUCUGAGGCAGGUAGUGGAUGUGAACAUGAAGCUUAAGGUUAAUUAGAAGAGAUCUCCAAAAGUCUGGGCUUAUAGUUUCUGGAUAUCUAAAAAAUGUGCUCUGAAAUAACAGAAUAUAUUCAAGAACCAGUGUGCAGAGAGAGUAUUCUAAAUUCCCCAUUAGUAAUAAAUAAAAUGUUUAUUGUUGUAGCUCUGGUACGUAACCCAUUCCUCUUAAAAUAUAAGAUCUCUGGUAUGAAUAUUUCAUGUCUAUAAAAUGACUGAUCCCACCAGGAAAGGAGCUGUUGCUUUCUUUAAGGUAAUUUUUUCCCUUUGCUCCCUAUUGCUGAACUGUACAGCUUCAUGAAUAAUUUUGCUUGCUGAAGGAAGAGAAAGUGUUUUUCAUAAACUCAUCUUCCAGGACUGUUUAUAGCUGUUGGAAGGACUAGGUCUUCCCUACCCCCCAUUGUGUAAGGGUAGUGCAGACUUGAUUGUACAAAAUAUGUUUUGUAAAUGUUGUGCUGUUAACACUGCAAAUAAACUUGGUAGCAAACACUUCCACCAA